GAGGGGGAAGGGAAAGGCGGGGUGCAGAGGGGCCCCGCCCCACGGCCCCGCCCCAGGGCGUCUCAGCCCCCCAGCGCUGUGGCCUUGCUGACCCAGAGCUGCCCCACUGCCCAUGGCCCCACGGCCCCCCAACUCCACUGUGCUGGGACCCCCAGGCCAGCUGCAUUGUGACCCCCAGCCCCGAUGUGCUGUGACCCCCAGCACCGCAACCCCAUGGCCCCCAGCUCCCCUAUGUUGUGACCCCCAGCCCCACUGACCUGAGACCCCCCCAGCCCCACUGUGCUGGGAUCGCCAGCCCUGCCGCCCCACGGCCCCCAGCCCCGCCGCCCCGUGACCCCCAGCCCUGCGGCGCUGGGCCCCAUGGCGGCUCCCCCUCGCACCCCCGCGCAGGCUGCUCGGCGCAGCGGGUUCGUGGCUGGCUGCGCCGGUGGGUGAUUCAUCCCGCUCCAGCCCUCCCCGCGCCAGCAGCUGCCAAAAAUAGCAAUGCAGGGGGGGAAAAAACCCUCCAAAUAACCUCCCCUGCCUUCCCCCCGCUACGCCGGCGGCAGGCCGGGAUGGCGGCCACCGAGCCACGUCCCCAACACCUCCAUCCCCGGGGCAUCUGGGACCAGGACCCGUCGCUGGGGGAUACCACGCUCCGGUUACCAUGUGAGCGGGCGACGCUCCCGGAGCAGCGCACCCACCCGCCGGCCCCGCUGCCCUAAACGCCGCGAUGCCCAGCCCCGUCCGCCGCCCUCCCGGUGCCGCCGCGCCGCCCGGCUUAGCCAUGUUACCGGCGGACGGUUCGGCCUUGCUGCGAGCCGUGGCGCAGGGCAAAUUUCGUCUCACCCGGCUCCUGUUGGAAGGGGGAGCCUACAUCAACGAGGGCAACGCCGCCGGGCAGACGCCGCUGAUGGCCGCGUGCCGGGCCGGCUACGCCGACCCGCCGGAGCAGCCGCGGAUGGUGCGGUACCUUCUGGAAAACGGCGCCGAUCCCAACAUUCCCGAUAAGACGGGCAAGACGGCGUUGAUGCACGCCUGCGCCGAACGCGCUGGCCCGGCGGUGGCCGCCGUUUUGUUGGCCCACGGCGCCGAUCCCAGCGCCCGCGAUUACGCCGGAGCCUCGGCUUUGGUUUACGCCAUUAACCAGGGGGACCGGGAGACGCUGCAGGUGCUGUUGGACGCCUGCAAAGCCCGAGGGAAGGAGGUGAUCAUCAUCACCACCGACACCUCACCCUCGGGGACCAAAACCACCCGGCAAUACCUCAACUCACCCCCUUCGCCGGGGCUGGAGGAGAAACGCUCGCCGGCGCUUUGCAUGUCGCCCUCCGACAUCGAGGUGCGGACGGCGGCUUCGCCGGCCGGCAGCGAGAAGGAAGAGGAGAGGGACGUCUUCUGCUUCCCCCCGCCGCCGCCGGCACCGGUCGCCGCCGUACCGGAGCCAUCCCGCGCCCGGGGGCGGCCGCUGAAGCGCCUCAAUUCGGAGCCCUGGGGGUUGGUGGCCCCGGGAACGGAGGGGACGCGGGGACCCCCCCCCGAGCGUUUGGUGGCGGGGAUGGAGGGGCUGAGCCUGGGUGGGCGCCCGCGGCGGCACAGCGUGGAGGGCCGGGAGGCGGCGGGGCUGCCGGGGGCCGCCUGGGCCGAGCGGGUGCCCCCCGCUUGCCCGCAGCCGCUGGCGCGCCGGAACACGGCCCCCGAAACGGCGCGGGUCAAACCGCCUCGCUGGGAUCCCCCCGAAAUGGAGGGGCGCCCCUGGGCCGGCUCACCGCCUCCAUCCCCGGGGCGAAGCCGGCGCUGUGCCGCGCCGUCGGCCGUGCCGCUGCCGGCCGCCGAGUCCCCCCCGGGCACCCGCCGGCGCCCGCCCGGUUUGCUGGAGCGUCGCGGCUCUGGCACCCUCUUGCUGGAGCCCUUGGCCCCGGGGAGGGCCGGCUUCCUGCCCCCCCUGCACCCUGGCCCGCAUCCCCCCGGCCCCCGCGGGCCCCCCGGCCCCGGCUCGCCCAAGGGACGCCGCAAGCUGCUGCGCCGGCACUCCAUGCAGACGGAGGAGAUGCGGCAAUUGGCCAACUUCCAGAGCAGCGUGGCCCCAGAGCCGGGCAGUUAGGGACCCCUCCCCGUGUCCCCCCCUCAAACCCGGAGCGGCUCCCGGUGUCCUCGGGGACCCCCCCACGAAGGGGCCACCCCGGGUGGCUGCUCUGUCCCUGCCCGGCUGCUCCCGUGCCAGCGUGGGGCCUCCCUGAGCAGGCAGUGGCGAUGUUUACUCUGAACCCUACUGAUGACUGCGAGCACAUGACAAUUCUUCCAUUGCUGCCAUUGGCAGAAACUUUGCACGACCCCAAAUUCCUUCAGGAGCUGGCAUCCCCCCACCUCUUCAGGCUCUCCUGCAUCUUCCUCCUGCUCCCUCCUCAUCCUCCCAGCAGCUCUUUUCCCUGCAGACCUCAGCAGCGGUGGCUGACUGCCCGACCUGCCGCACGUUUGGGGGCGCCCGCGUCCCCGCCGAUGCGGGCGCUGCUGGGGGCGGGGUGCUGGGAGCAAUAACCCUGUUCCCGCCAGUCCCUCCCCAGGGGGUUCUCCCCCCGUUUUGGGGCGGAGGGUCCCAGCGCGGGGGUGCCAGGGUGGGGCCGGGUGGG